AUGGCGCCGGUGUCCGAUAGCAAUUAUUUCCCCUCCGUGGGACAGUGCCUCUCUGGGGAGAAGGAGCUUGUGUCUUGGAAGCUUGUCGCCACCGCGCUUUCAGACGGUGCCGGGCAGAGACAGAAGAGCUCUGCCAUCACAAAGUUCUUCGAUGACGACUACGUCCGUGGCCUCUUGCGCGAGCCGUCGACCGCGUUUGCGCCGCCGGACGAGGCCACAAACAAGGACUUCGAGACCAAGACGGCACCAAUCAACGUGACCUCAGCCUCGACCGAUCGGCACGACAUAAACGUUUUCAAGGAGGAUGCAAAGUGGCUCAGCAGGAAUGCCAAGGUCAACUUGGUAGCUGCUCUGCGAGUUGUCAUCAUCGAGUACCAGUCCCGUUCUUCAAGGCACCUUUUGGGCCCUCUAUCAUCCCACGAUGCUGCCAAUCUUCAAGAAGCUGCAGGCUUGCAAAAUGGCCAGGGAGCAGCAUUCUUAUCUGAGAUGGGCGCUUCUGCAGCGUUAGAUGCCGACGAGAUUUCAGCAGAAUUCGAAAACUCGGAGUCGAAAAAGCGUCGCCUGUUCGAUACCCUGUUGACCGAACGUCGAUUCUUCAUAAUGGCUGCGGACUAUGCAACCUCCAUCAAAUUGUACAAACGUCUUCCUAUUUUCGCCCCUGGAGAUGACAGUAUUGCCGAUUUAUAUAAACUGAAGAAGCCGUCUGCUCAGCUACGCGAUGAGAUGGAAGAUCUGCUGCCGGCCUAUUUGGGCAUUGUAGCCAGCAGCAUGAGUGGGAUCGAGGCCGGCAUGAGAGCCUUUACAGAUGAAGCCUUGCUUCUUAACGACGAAGUAGAGCUUGAUUGGCUUCGAAGUCUCCUGACUGAGAUUGUUCACAGCCUGUCCGUGGUUCUUCAAGUAGUAGACUGUUAUGGAAACGACUUCCCUCCCUCUGGAGCCAUCAACCAAUGGUUUUCCCUAAUGGAAAUCUAUGGCUUCUUCGAUUCCAUUCAGCCAAUCGACCAAAUCACUGCUGAGCUCAUAAUGCCCAUGAAAGCCUUAGCUUCAGCCAUAUCGAUUAGCUUGCUUAAACCCGCAAAGGCACUCGCAUAUCUGUCUGACCGAGACGAAGAUCCGGCACAGGCUGAUGAUGUAUAUGAUUCUUACUUGCUCUCGCCGGAUGUCCUAGAACAGAUUCACAAAAGCAUCUUGGACGCGGCUGGCCUCGACUCUGAAACUGCCUGCCCCAUCAUUUUCACCUGGUCAUUUAUCCUUCAUCGACUCAACGUAUCUUAUCAAACCAGAUCUGAUAGAAGAGACAAUUUGAUUCAGCAGAGCGCCCGAGAAAGAUUUGAAACUCGAAGUGUGAUGCGCACGCCUACCGGAGGACGGCGAAACUCAGCUGGGAGCAUAUAUUCCAUUGAAUCGUCAAAAUUCGAUGGAUUUCUCGAAAACGCAUCAACCCCUAGAGAUAUGCAGGUAGUCGAGCAACUCGCAGCGGUCGCCACGGUUCAAGGCCGAGUCUUUGAUGUAAUGUCGAAGAUGACCCAAACUCUGGGCCCGUCUGUAGACGGUAGCAUGUCACCGCUAAUCAGCUCACGCCUUCGAGUAAUCUUCCUAGAGCUUUUGAAGGUUUCCUAUCCCUUUGUUGGAUACCAGUCGGACUCUGUGAGCUGUCUGCUCUCCCUUCUUUCUCCUGGAUGCGGUUACUGGGACUUAUCUGCAUUGCAAAACUUGCCCCCAUCCCAAGACUUCCACGCAUCCGUGCUACAGGAUGACCUGGCCAUGGAUUUCUUUUUCCAACAGGCCCUUGACCGAUAUCCUUACGAGUUCCUCCCUUUUAUCACGCUAUGCCGGACGCUUUGCACUGCGUCAGAGCAGAUUCAGGAUGAUAGAACUGAAGUUAUUCUGGAUCUUCUCCGCCAGACUCCAACGAUUACAUUUACACUACCUGAUUCGUUUCAAGAAUAUGAACUAGUCCAGGAAGACGAGAAUACAAAUUCGUUUUGCCUUUUGGAGGAGCUUCCUUUGAUCACUUUGUCAUCUGCAUGGAGCCGGAGGUUCAUCGAAGAUGACGCUUAUAGAAUACCGGUAGGCACAUAUGGGCGAUUUAUCACAGAUACCGGUCGUGUUGUCUUGAUGGAAUAUUCUCAUUCAACUCUGUCCCUCCUGGGACGGCGGUUAGAGAUCAGCCUCACACAAGAAGGCUACCGGUGCGAGCUGGGAAUGCUGCAGUCAGAUGAGACGGCCGAAGUCAUCUCAUUAUUCGCUUCGCUGCUUCGAAUGGAGCAGUUGAAGGCUACGAGACAGGGUGACAGUGGCGCAUUGACCCAUUUCGAUGGCGGCAUAUUGUCCGAGGCUAGCGUACACAUUAGCAGUGGCAAAGAUAUUGUCACUGUUGUGUGUGAAACAAUGGACUACUAUAUGCAAGAUGAGCUGGCCAUGACUGAGGACUCUGCCGUGAGCGUUCUCACUGCUUGUGUCAAGUUCUUGCAUGCUGUUCUGCAGAUCCAACCCAGCCGAGUCUGGUCUUAUCUCGCAAGGACAGAACUGUUGAACUCUGAGUCAAGAGCUGGCAAACUCACCAAAAUCACGGGCAGUCUUGACUUGGUUUCAGAGAGAUUCGAAUUCCUCACAUCCUCACUGUCUCUGUUUUCUGGACUCAUCGAUACUGUCAUGUCUUCCGCAGUCCAGCGACGGGCAGGAACCAAGACUACGAGCCGGCAACAGCCAGAAUCUAAUAUUUGGCUUGGAACCGCCGACAAAGUACUUUCCAGCGUGAGCUUUUCGAUUGCUCAAACCGCCGUUGACGUAUUUGAGAACACCUCGACAUGGAUGUUUGAAUCAGAAACCAGCAGGAUAUCGCUGUUGCAGAUUGUCGUUCCCCUUCUCAACAAAAUUGUCCUCGAUACGUACAGCAUGGGAGAUUCUCCCAAGCCCGACAAUCUCACGUCUUGCCUCCAACCUGCCGCUUCUCACGUCAUCGACUCCUUUUUAUCGCCUUCGACAGGAAGCUUGCGUUUCCAGCCUCUCCUCUCCUCUUUCAUCUCUACCCUCACAGCGCCAGAUACGACGCUAUAUCCUAACCGAACACAAGCUAUCCAAACUCAGGUCACCUCCAUCCUCGACUUUUCUACCACUCUACUUCGGGUAGCAAACUAUCUGGAACGCCCGUCGAUUUUGGUUGAGACUUACCUAUUCAAGACUUCCACUUUAUCAGCCCGGUUAUGCGCAGUGUCUGACCACUUCCGCGGGCCAGCUUUAUCGCUGCUGGAGGCCCUCGUCAUCAACGCUGGCCAAUCUGCCAGCGAACCUCCCUCAUUACUAGGAUAUCUCGGCCCACAAAUCUCAAAGUCUUUCUUACAGAUUCUUGCAACAAUCGGAAAACCCUUUGUUUUGCCGGAAGUAGUUAAGAUUACUUGGAGAUUCUUCUCCUCCAUAUUAAAGAACCGCCAGCAGUGGAUGUCCAACUGUCUUCUCACGGGACAAACGCCCAGAGAGGCCAUGAAACAAGAUGCUAAGAACGAAACGUCUGCGGAUUCUGUAUUCGCAACGGCUCUGUCUAAGCUCAAAACCCUGAAAGACCUGGAAACAAGCGAGGCGCUUGUUGUUUUGGAUUUUGUCGCAUCUGCACAAAAUUACUGGCCCUGGACGGUGUUCACUCUGCAGAAAGAUACUGCGUACAUAGAUGGGCUGCGAGCUUACGUUCGCGACUUGAAACCUUCACACCAGACAGUUAAAUCAAAUGCAGUGCUGGCUAGUAUCCAAGCAAGAAUUGCUGCAUACAUUGCCGAAACAUUCGCGAUGCAACUCUAUCAUUCGCGCCAUCUAGGCAAUGCCAAGACGCUUGCCAAAGCUUUAGUCAACGACUUGGACUACUAUCUGCGCGAUGGUGUUGAGGUGGCAAGCUACAACAAGUCUCUCCACAACAACUUUGCAAAGAACUUUUCCAAUAAAUACUCUGGAUGUGCCGUGGACAAUUUCAAGCGUACCAUGGUGGAGCCUAGAGAGCUGGGCGAGAACUAUUACUACGACCUGGACCGUGCCGAUGAAGUCUUGAGAUUUGACCCGGGGUGGCGUGGAAAGAGGAAGGGAACUGGCUUCUUGAACGAGAUGAAGCUUGCAAACGCCAACCUGUCACUAGUCGAUGCUCAAAUCGCUCUUUUCCACGCCUGGGAGCUACUGCUGCUUGAAUUGAGCACAUGCUUCCCAGAAAGCGAUACUACUAAGAAGCAGAUGAUGCAGGUUGUGCAGCAGUGCCUGAAUGCCAACCAGGUGACUCCCGGCCCUGGGAGUAUUUUCCUCAAGAUUGUCGACGCGAGAGCCAACUUGUCUCUCAUUUUGGUUCAGCGCUUGGUAAAAUCCACUCUUGCUGUCAAGGACAUCAACCAGCUACUAGAGACCUUGAUCGGCACCAUCAAUAGCGUUGAUGAACCGUUUGAAGCUCAGUCCAUUGCUUAUUAUCGAACUCUCUUGAAGACGCUGUUUGUUACUCUGCGGGCGUAUCAGGCGGCAUCCAGCAAAGUAGCCACGAACACUCCCGAUAAUCUCGAAGGGUCGAUGGUAAAUGUUACGCAAACUGUUCUCAACAUUCUAGACCAUGUGGUUGCCAGAGGAUUUAGAACAUUGGUCAGUUUGAUCCAUGACAGGGAGGCUGAUGUAUUUCCAGAGGAUCUGGCGCUUCUUACGGCAAUCAUGCAAGCUUGUCUCAGCGUUCCCAACAUUGAGCAAUCUCAGACACCAAUCCUGAACAUAAUGGCAUCUCACGAUGUUACGCAUGCAGCAACGUCAUUAUACUCGUGGGCUGAUAAACUUGGCGACCAAAGCGACCCAGUUUAUGGCGAACUCAGUAUUUUGUUCCUACUGGAGCUCUCAACUCUGCCAGCAUUGGCGGAGCAGCUUGCGUGCGAUGGCGUUCUUGGGGCUAUCUUGUCUGCCAAUCUCACCAAAUUCAUGCUCAGAACCAAUGUCUCGCCGUACGCAGAUGUACCAAUUGCCCAACGGUGUUAUGGUAUCUGGGUAAAGGGAAUGCUCCCACUCAUGCUCAAUCUACUCACCGCGCUUGGCGCUACUGUUGCUCCCGAAAUUACAUAUGUCUUGAACCAGUUUCCACACCUGCUACGAGCUAGCGUUGACCGAUUCGAGGCGCCGGGGGCCAGCCGGACAAAGGAGAAGUCUGCGCAGUAUCUGACGCUCCUUGGUACCGCAGAGGUUCACUCUUUAGCACUGCUCACGCGUGUGCUUACGGCUCUACGGAUGAACAACAGCAGAGACAUUCCCGCGGUCGAAUGGGACGCGACAAGUUUACUUGAAAACGUCGACUAUUGGCUUUCCAGCAGACGGCUUUUGAAGGAGCGGCUCCUGCCUCUGGGACAGCGAGAAAUGGAAUGGAGAGGAAGAAAAUUGUCAGGGGAUUGCGACAAUCUGCUAGAGGAGAAGGUGGUGGCACAGCUUGAGACCGUUCGAGAUGUGCUUAGCGACGAAUUUGAAGGCUGA